ACGCACGGUCCGAAUGGAGCACAUCGUGUCUUAUAAUAAGGAGUUCAUGGAGAAUCUUCCAUUCGUUCUCCGCGGCGUCUCCAUGAGCAGCAGCUCUGCGCGCUGCAAGGAUGCGCUCCGGCUGGGGCUGCCCUUCCACAUGGAGCAGGGUUUCCACUGCAGGAGAGUCCCCUGCUUCUCCUUCCACGCUCCUUUAGACAUGUACGAGUUCUCCUUUGAGCCUGCUUUCAUCCAGAAGCGCAACGAGCGCGAGCGCCACCGGGUGCGCUGCGUCAACGAGGGUUACGCGCGUCUGCGGGAGCACCUGCCGCGGGAGUUUGAGGACAAAAGGCUCAGCAAGGUGGAAACGCUUCGAGCGGCCAUUGACUAUAUCAAACAUCUGCAAGGUUUGCUAGACGUGGACGUCUCUGGGGGGGAGAUCUCGUUCGGACAGGAGAGGAACUGCGAGCGGAGGAGAGAAAUCAGCAGUGAUGGAGAGUCCAAAACCAGCAGCGGGGACAAUGUUUACUGAAGACUUCCUAUUCAAACAUCUGCUUAAAACAAGAAAAGCAGAAAGAAAAAUGCUUGCAAUAAUCUGUCGAUGAACAAAUAUACCUUAAUAUUGAGCAACAUAACUUUAAAAGUACUUAUGAAACAGAUUUGCCACCAUAUUUUUAACAUUUAGGGUAGCUAUAUUUGUGUUUUUGUAUUUGAACAUUACUUUUUAUUUAAACAAAUUUAUUUAAAUUAAGGGUUUAAAUUGUUAAAAUAAUUUCAUUGCCGUGAAAUUAUGGUGCUAAAUUUACAUUUUUAGAAAGGGUUGCCUUAUUGAGAUGCAUACUAUGCAUGUUCUCAACUGAUGAAUUAAAGAGGUGGCUUUUUAUUUCAUCAUCAAAAAACACAACUGAAGAUGCACACAAUAUUUACAAGUCUAUGAAAUCUGUUUUUUUUUUGUGUGUGUUUUUUUUUUUGGGCAGGGAUAUUUAUAAUUUGGGCUAAUAUUUUGCUGAGUCUACUGACAAUAACUAUUAAAAUUGACCAUAUAAGGUUUUGGUACUCCUUGGUUGUUGUGGUUUUGACUAAAACAUUAAUGUUUGAUUUUCCAAAAGCCUUGACAUAUAAUACUUUAAAUAUCCCCAGUAGACUCAGAAAUAUAAUAUUCCAGUCUAUAAAUACCCCUGACAGAUAAAAACCAAUCUGAUGCUAUAUAUAUAUUAUAUUUACCAACAAGCUCCAAUUCUAGAUGUUUUUACUGGAAGAUCAUCCUAAUUUUAAGCUCCCUUCAUAGAUUCUAGAACAGGUUCAAAUGCUGCAUUUAAACUUUAUUUCUCUCAUGACAAAUUAAGACAAAUCAGUUUUUUUCUAAUUGCGCACCAUUAUGUGAAUUUUACCAACAACAAAAAAAAAACAACACACACACAGUGUUAAAUUUGACUUUUAUCUAAAUUUAGAGAAGGAAGAAGUUAACACAAAGCUGCUUCCUCUAAAUAUAAAAAUUAUGCUGAUGUACAAAUAAAAGAUCUUUAUACGGCAAAAUAGAUUUAUUCUGGUUUAAAUACUAAAAGGUUGAUGACUGGAGUAUUUAAUUGUAAAUGCAUUGUAAUAAUGGGUAUAUUUGAUGAUAACAAUCCAUGCCUCAAGAUUUUAAUAUUUCAUUCAUUUUAUGGGCAACAUAGUUCAGACGGUACAGACUUGUAUUCAAAUAGAGAAAGUUAUU